AUGAUAAUGGAUGGAAAAUUAACAACAAUAUCGACGUCUCCUGAUUCAAUACUAUCAGGAUUUUCAUCGUCUGAUUCCAUUGCUACUAGUAGUACUGUUCCUUCUGCAUCUACCAUGUCAGUAUUUCCACCACUUCGUUCAUCAUUUACAAUGGCUAAUAUUAAUAAAAUUACAAAUUUCAAUGAAGAUCAAAGUUUUUUUCUCGAUGGUUUCAAUUCAGAACGAUUUUCUACAGUAUCCCGAUGGCAAUCGGACGCCGAAAAUCUGAAUCUCGAGUCUGACUGUUCAACUCAACAAUCAUCUUCAAAAUCAACCUAUCUUAUCAAUGAUUUUCUAACCAACAAAAAUAUAGCUUCAUCAUCUAUAACUGAUGCACUAAUCUCACCAAUGUCUCGUUUAUCGACAUCAUCAUCAUCGAUUAUGUCAUUUAAUAGUAUUGGUAAUCAUAAAACGACUGGUCAACGAUCAUCUCGAUCAGACUUUAAAAAUUCAACAGAACAAUUAACAAUGUCAAAUGGAAAUAUAUUUCCUUCGACAUCCUCAUUCUUGCCAUUACGAACACCAUCAUCAAAUCGUCAAACAUUUUCAUCCAUCGAAAAUAUUCCAUCAACUAUAGCAGAUAAUGAUCUUCAACGAGUACCACAUUCAUGGAUGCUCAUGUCAUCAACACCACCCAGUUAUGAAACGGGUCCUAUUGUUCAACAACAACCACCAAUACCACAGCUAGUUCAUAGUGCAAAUCGGUCGAAUUCAAUGCCAUCUUGGCGUGGUUAUUUACCCAUGAAAUUCGAACCCAUGCUAAUGGAUCAAUAUCAAAUUACAAGUAAUUUCUCACAAAAAGUAUUUCUUGGUGGUAUUCCUGCCGAACUUACUGAAGUAUUUCGUGAAUCACGUUCUGUGUGUGAACUUCUUAAACAUUGUACUCGACAACAACGUUCAACAAUUGAUUAUUUUCUUCAUAUUCAUAUGACAUCAUCAUCAUCAUCAUCAAUUGAUUUAUCUAUGCGUACAAAUCGAUUAAAACCAAUUCAAAUAGUACCAUGGAAUGUGAGAGAUAAUGUAUAUGUCAUGCAACAAGUCGUUACAUCAAAUGGUAAUAUAGCAUUCAAAGAUUGGUCACGUACAAUAUUUGUAUCACCACUACAUGGUAAAAUGACAGCAUUUAGUUUAGCUACAAUUAUGUCAAAUGUAUUUGGACCAGUAUCAAUGGCUCAAAUUAAUACCGAUAAAUAUGGAUAUCCAACAGGUACUGGUACGAUAUUAUUUUCGGAUUCACAUAGUUAUAUGCGUGCAGUAGCUGCUGGUGCUAUUGAUAUAAAAUGUGAUUGUUUUCAUAAAUUGCUUGAUAUUGAUCCAUUUUUACGUGAAAAUGAACCUUGUACAUUUUGUCCAGCAGUGGCUGAUUUAUUUUGUCGAAAUUUUCAUUGUUUAAGAUCUUAUUGUAAACAUUGUUGGGUUAAUAAACAUGGACCAAAACCACUUGCUGAUCAUCAACCAGCAACACGACGACAACAACCGUUACCUCAUACAUAA